CUUCGGCGAUUGCCAUGCCUUUAUAAGUGGAUCGCUAAUCGGUACCGCCAACAAAUUAGGCUGAAGCAUGAAGAUAUACAUUUUGAUUAGCUGCCUACUCGCAUGUAGUGCAAACGGUUACGUGGAGCUCGAUUUGAUCCGUGACGGUGUAUUGGAUAUCACAAGCGGAAUAAUUAACGUCGCUGACGUAUUGGAAGAUGUAAUAUUUGACGAUACUCGUAUUUCGAUUAGACGAGAUAGUCUUUUAAAUACGAAUGAAACUUUGGAAGAAGCAGCAAAAAAGUUGCCUCACCGCGUUGCCUUCAGUCUGUACACCAGACGCACAGUACACAGACCGGAACGAUUGUUCCCGAAUGACGUUAGAAGAUUAAGGAACAGUCAUUUUGAUCCAAAGAGACCAACGAAAAUCAUUGCACACGGAUGGAAAAACUCCAAAGUCGGCGGUUCGAUCAGCUUGGUCCGAGAUGCUUUCCUUCAACAUGGCGACUAUAAUAUCAUUGGCGUCGACUGGAGCGACAUAACAAAGGAAGAAUAUCGUUGGGCGCAACAGCGCGUUUUGAUGGUCGGCCAGUAUACCGCCAAACUGAUCAAUUUUCUUCAGACGCAUGGAUUGAAGUUAUCACAACUAACCGUUAUUGGUCACUCUCUUGGAGGUCAUGUUGCCGGAUUGGCGGCUCGUUACACGAACGGCACAGUGGACUCCGUUGUCGCUUUGGAUCCGGCUCUUCCAAAAUUCGGUAACCAUGGCCCUGGACAGACAGUCUCCAGAGGAGACGCAGCAUGCGUGGAAGUGAUUCACACGAAUUCGGGUCUUCUUGGCCACAACAUCUCGCUUGGCGACAUCGACUUCCAUCCGAAUGGCGGUUCCUUGCAGGCUGGUUGCCCAACGAUAAUCGGUGGCCUCUGUUCACACUUAAAGGCGUACAAGUUCUACGCGGAAUCUAUCAACAGCAGGUUGGGUUUUUGGGCGGUGAAGUGCAACAGCUACGAGGAUUUCAAGAGUGGCAGGUGCGACUCGAGUUCCAAGGUUCUUAUGGGAGGCGUCAGGCCAGACUGCAAAGCUAAGGGUGACUACUACUUAAACACGAAUCUAUGGGCGCCGUAUGCACAAGGAGUACUUUAAGCCAAUACGCCAUCGAAAAUCAUUUAUGACGUUGUAAGUGGAAUAUGUAUUGUGUUUUUUUAAAAUGUUGUGGAGUAAAGAUUGAUAGAGUAUUCAUAUGCCCGACAUUUGUACCUACUCAAAGCAAUACACUGGAAAUGAGUGAAUUUUGACGCAAAAUCUUUGAUGGGUAAUACAUAUAAAAGGUGAUUGGGAAAUAAACAUAUGUAGAACUUAAAUGGUCAUGUUUCGCUAGAAUAAAAGGAUGGGUAGGAACACGUGGUCUGAAAGGUCUUGGAUCUCAUUUUGAACGCAUAAACUGUUCUGACACCAUUCCAGUAGCUUUCUCAAAUCGGUAUGUAUCAUAGCGAUUGAAUCUCACCUCAAAUAAAAUUACCGUACGUAAAGUCUUGUAUUAACUUAGUAAGACUUUGUUUAUGAAUAUAACAAUUCUUUGAAAAUGCAAUAUAAGUGUUAAUCCCAGAUAAACUAUUAGGAACUAAUUUAUGAAUUCCGUACAUUUUAUUUGUUUAAUUCUACAAGGCAUGUAAAUAAAACAGGAGAACUUCCAAGAUUGGUCUACCUUAUUCUAUAUUAAGUAACUGUCCAUGUUACAAAUUUUUAUAAACUGAGCUACAAUAUGAUCAAUUAUACAAUCAGAUAAUUCUGUAUUCGUAAACUGAAUUAACCCUCCAAUUCCCAUAGCUUAAAUUAAGAUCCAAUAUGGAUAAAUUUGAUAACUCCUAUUUCUAUCGACAUAAACAAAUUAUUCCAUGAUAUUUUGCGAAAAAUGUUUGUUGCGGGUUUGUCAAGGAUGGAUCAAAUCAAAGCCCCUAUUUGAUGAUUUAUGAAAUAAAAUGUUGGAACAGACACUACAUUUUUCAUUAGAGCUCAUUAAAUCCUCUGAGCUUGCAAUUUUUUAAUGUCUGUUCCGUUCAUACGACGGACUUUCUUUAUUUGUAUUAUGUACUCAUAUUCUCUACGAACUUUGUAAUUAUCCCUUUUGGCGUGCCGAGACAAUAACCUAUCCUACGACAUGGACGAUUGCACUUAAGUAUCACCUUAGCGACCAAUAAACUUUCGUUAAAAUUUGCUGUGUAUAUCUAUUUUCUCAACCCGCAUAGUAUAAAAAUAUACGAUAAAACUUCGAUUAAUCCAGGCUUUCAAAAACAUUUUUCAAUUUUGUGCAUACAAGUUAUUUUCUAAUAGUUUGUACUUUUUAUACUUCUUGCGUUCUUAUAUCACAUACAAUAUGACACACUUACUGUACUACAUACAUGUGUCUCAGUGGUAACGUAAUAUCUACAUCUAUAACAUGCAUGUAACAUAAUGUUCCUUCCAUCGAAUACAUUAAACAUAUACAUAUACUAAGUACUGAAUCACUUUCUGAAAAAGAUAUUAUUAAUUCUACCUCUUAUGUGAGACUGUACUCGAAACCAAAUGUUUAAAGUUGCUCCGGGUAUGUAUUUAUUUGUAAUCACCAAUCUUUGUAAAAUUGUAUGCAUGUAACGUUAUAUAAAAUUAUAUUUUAUAAAAUAACCCUCAGUUCCCCAUAAUUUUUAAGUACGAAACGACACAUCCUGCGAUGGUGGAUAGCGAUGUGAAACAUGUGCUCGAUUUAAUUUCAUAAAUUUAUCUUAUUUGUACAGACUAUAUUGUAGUUUCUAACUUAUAAAUAACGAAAUAUUAUGAAAAUAAAAUUUAAUUUUAAACGUA